ACUCAAUAACCUUCUUCAAUCGACGAUACCACUGAAGCGUUACUUCAAGGUUACCUUGGUGUCACUUCUGAGCCGUUUAGCUUAAAUUUAAGCUAAAUAUAUUAAUAUAUUUGUAUACUUGAAAGCAUAGAAGUCAAAGUACGGACUAGUACUCACAGGUGUUCGGAGCACCGCUCUCCUAAUUUGACAUCUUUGAGUGUUCGGGAUCCCGAACACUCAUGAUAGAUCUUCGAAGAUCUAUCAUGACUCCUUUUAUAUGAGUUAAUUAACACAUUACGGGGAAGCGUUUUUAUUUGAGUAACAUCAUUCAUGGGAAUUGUAAAAAUUAGUUCGUGUCUUUUGUUUUUUAGGCAAAGAAACCAUCGUAUUGUCUGUUUAUACGAUAUUGAUGACUAAUCUAUGUUUAGAUCGCGUAUCAACCUCAUUUUUAUCUCGUUUCAUAAACUCCCCAAUCAGUUCCAUACUAUAUCCAAUAAAGUGAGAAGCUUUGCGAAAACUCCCGUCAGUCCAGUAACAUAUCAAGUUUUUUUAGGUGGCCUUUCUUGUGGAGUUUUUGCAAUUGCUUGGAUUUCAAAGUCUAAGAAGCCGCGUAUCAUUACACUAGAGGAACUUGCUCAGCAUAACUGUAAGGAACGUGGAGUUUGGGUCUCUCUUAAAGGUAAAGUGUACGAUGUUACAAGUUUUGUUGACGAUCAUCCUGGGGGUGACAAAAUUCUUUUGGCCGCUGGGUCUGACGUCUCUUCAUUUUGGUCUGUUUAUGCAUUUCACUACCAGAGUCAUGUUUUGAAAAUACUAGAGAAGUACUAUAUUGGGGAACUUGACAAGUUGGACUUUGUUGAAGAAGAAGACAAUGAAGAUAUAUAUAGUUCUGAUCCUCAGAGAAAUCCGGAUUUGAAAGUGGUUUCGCAACGUCCUUUUAAUGCGGAAACUCCUCUUUCAUCAAUAUGCAGCAACCCAAUAACUCCUACUGAUUUAUUUUUUAUAAGGAACCACCUUCCUGUUCCUGAUGUUGAUCCCGAGACAUAUAGACUGGAAAUAGCUUCUUCGGUUAUAAAAGUUAACAAUCAGCCACUGAAGUUGUCUUUAAAAUUAGAAGAUAUUCUAAAGAACUAUCCUCGUAAAAGUUUGGUAUCCACCAUUGUUUGCGCUGGGAACCGACGAUCAGAUAUGAUCAAGUAUGAUAUAAAAAAGGCUGAAUUAGAAGAACGUAGUCCUUAUGUGAAAGGCUUAUCGUGGUCUGAGGGAGCGAUUUCUACGGCAGAGUGGACUGGUGUACUGUUAGUGGACUUAUUGGCUUACCAUCUGUUGCCUUCAAACCAAAGAACAAACUAUCAAGCACUCUACGAAUUGCUUAAAAGUGCAGGUGUACGUCACAUUCGAUUUGAUGGACUGGAUAUAGAUCCUACUGGUGGAGCUUUUGGUUCGUCGUUACCAAUUGAUUUAGCUUUAGAUCCUCAGAGGGAGGUAAUCGUUGCUUUUAAAAUGAACAAUAAGCCAUUAACUCGGGAUCAUGGUUUCCCAUUGAGAAUUAUCAUACCUGGUUCUAUUGGAGCUCGUCAAGUUAAAUGGCUAGGUCAAAUUACAUUAUCAACAGACGAAAGUGAAAGCUUUUGGCAGCAGGGUGAUUAUAAAUAUGUUCUACCGAUGGGUGAUGGUAAUGUCCCAGAUCUGAAGGGCUUACCGGCUAUUUUGGAUUAUCCUGUUCAGUCAGUUAUUUGUAAACCUUCUGAUGGCCAAAUCCUCAAAAACACUGGGAGUGUAAGUUUAUCAGGGUAGGUGUUCAACGGUCUUUACAAGAAUUAUCUCAUAUUUUUUUAUUGAUUUAUUUUGUAAUUCUAAUUACUGUUCUUAGGUUUAGUAAAUCAAUCACUUGUUGAUUAACUAAUCAAUAUAGGGUCAUAAUUGACCACUGCAUUCAGAAAAUCUUGAAUCUGAAACCUCAGAAAGCGGAAUUUUUAUCUUAUAAGGAUUACACAAAUGAAAUGAUUCGUCGCACUUUAUGAUGUCGCUUACCACCGUGGUACGUGCUACUAAUAUAAACUAAAGUGGUGAUUGUUAUAGGUAGUACUUUUGCGUCUUGAUAUUUUCAGUCCUAAUUUUUUAAGAUACUUAUUGUGCAGUUGUAAUUUUGUCUAUAGAAUGAACCGUAAGAACUGAGGAUGAUUUGGUGAUAUGAAUCACUUAGCGUUCAAAAAGAACAAAAUAAUUCGGCAAAAAUUUUUUUAAUGUAAUAACGUCGAUUUUUUGAGAUUAUAAUGGAUUGGCUGUUUUUCUCUAGAUUAUCCUCAGCAAAAUACAAGCUUAUAAAGUAACUGAUUUACGUCGUUCUUGAAUACUAUGGUUUCUCAUAUUUAUUACACUUUAUAACCGGAAAUUAGAGAAAGUUAUAUUGAGGAUAAUCACAUUCUAACGAUUCAUAUGUAAUUUCAUAUAACGUUUUUUAUUUAUACAUGUUAAAUGACUUUACACAUUAGCUAUGCAUUCAGCGGAGGUGGGCGUGGGAUCAUUUCCGUUCGCAUUUCUUCAGAUGGUGGAAAGUCUUGGUAUGAAGCGAACUUGUCACCAGCCAGUCCUCCUGCAGCACAAGGUGAUGUAACAGACAUGGACAAUGAUUAUUCUUCUAAAAACCGGAGCGUAAAACAAUGGGCGUGGACAAUAUGGACUGUAGAGGUUCCUAUUCCAAAAGAUAUUUGUGAAGCAGAGUUUGUGUGUUCAGCUGUUGAUAGCUCUUACAACACUCAACCGGAAUUCUGCUCAGCUACUUUAAACAUUCGCGGCUUAUUGUCAAACUGUUGGCACAGAAUUAAUGUUAAAUUCGACUCUUGAGGUUGAAAAAACUUGAUUUUGAUUCAUAAUUACUUCUUUGCAAGAAUAAUUUUAAUUUUUAGAUAACGCUUUUGGAUUAAAUUAUAUUUUUUUAUAUU